AUGUCACAUCUGGGCCGAAUAGGGAGGGUGACUCUCCAGCACAUCCAUCUGCCAUCCGAUGCCUUCGCCCAGACUUACCCGUCAUACGCCCUAGCCGCGGCUCUCCAGUCACGCCUCCAGCGGGCCUUGCUCGACAGCAAGAGCAACCCCUCAUCACCGCCACCUCCGCCAACCAUCCUCUCCUUCACCCCACAGCCGACCUAUACUCUCGGUCGGCGGCAGGCUGUCGGGCGCAAUGUCGACGUCGACGCUCUUUGUCGCCCCCUCAUCAUCACACAUCCAACAUCGGCUCCGGAGAACAGACAUCACAUGCAGCCAAUCCUACUGCAAUCUCUGCGAGGCGGCCAGAUGACUUACCACGGGCCCGGCCAGGUCGUCAUCUGGCCCAUCCUAGACCUACAACCGGCGUCGGGCGGAUACAAGAACAUGGGGGUGCGGCAGUACGCGGACCUCCUACAGGACGUCACGUCAGAACUUGUCAGGAAUUCUCCUCCUCUAUCUUCAAGACUCAAUAUUGUCAAGACAUGCGACCCGGGAGUAUGGGUUUCGGAGACGUCACAGGAGCAACCGCGCAAGAUCGCCGCCAUGGGUGUGCAUCUGCGGCGCCACGUGACGGGUUUAGGCGUGGCGCUCAACCUGACUACCCCAGGGACUACGGCAAACGUCGGGCGGGACGGCGUCAACAAUGUGGGUAACAACCCCUGGCUCAGGUUUGUGCCCUGCGGGCUGGAGGGGAAAGAUGUGACAUCCGUUUUCCUGGAGUCCCAGGGUUGGAACAAGGCCGUCAGCCGGGACUCCACCCCCGCUUCCGAGUUGGUACAACUCCCGGACCCCGGGAAGGGCUAUGCCCAGACGUGGGCUGGGCUAUUUGCAAACCACCUCGGGCUAGACUACAACCAGGAGGCAAUCCAUGAUGGUGUCCCGUCCGAUUUUGAGGGGCUCACAGCGGAGGCGAUGUCUUUAGAGGCGGAGAUGAAGGUGACCCUUGAUGGUGACGGUGCUUCUGAAGCCGCUGCCAAUCCUUGA